AUGUGCAUGGCAUUUUGCGGAUUGCUGAUAGCCUUUCUCCUCUUCCUGUUUCACAACAUGGUGCGGGAAGACUUUGUUGGUAACUCGCGCUGCGCCCAGCCGCUGGUGGUGAAGCUGCAGGGCAGCGAGCGCUCAAUGCAGAAGCCCAUGGUGUCCGAGUCCAACGGCACGUGCGACAACAAGCUGCCGCAAGCCUGGUACAGGUUCGAAGGCCCCUAUGGCAGCAGGAUACCCGAGACCCCAGUGAGCCCGGGCAUGUGCAACACAAUGGUUCCCUUCUGGUUCUACGGAAAGCAUCCGGAGUACCGUAGCAAGCCCAUGCCAGCCGUCGCCUGUGGGGCCACAGAGGAGAACGCGUGUCGCUACUACGCCAACAUCCGGGUUCAGAACUGCGGCACCUACAUGGCCUACUAUCUACAGCCGCUGCCACGAUGCUUCAUGGCCUAUUGCGUCGGUGAGCGCACGCGUCGGAGACUAUUAAAGGGUCCUUCCGCACAGGAAUUCAAGCAGGCAGAUUUUGCAUGA